AUGAAUGCAUUGAGACGUCAACUUUAUGCUUUGAAUGCUCCCUCGCAGCGAUGUUUCUCAACUUCGAGUUCGAGACACGCGACCUAUGGCUUUAUCGGGUUGGGUCAAAUGGGCUACCGUAUGGCUCAGAAUCUAAGAGCCAACUUGCCUAGUUCCGAUAACCUCAUAAUCCACGAUGUGAACAGCGAGGCAACAGCAAGAUUCGCAAAGGAGAACUCAAAUGUCCAAGUUGCAGAAGAUGUCAGAGAUGUCGCAGAGAAAUCAGAAACAAUCAUCACAGCCCUUCCUGGGCCCUCCCACGUCCAAAACGUCUUCAAAUCAAUGCUCAGCCCACCAACCCUCCUCCGCGACGGCGUGCACCAAGAACGCCUCUUCAUAGACUGCUCAACCAUCGACCCCCUCUCCUCGGCCGACGUCGCAAACGCAGCCCACUCAACCGGCCAAGGCAAAUUCAUCGACGCCCCAAUGUCCGGCGGCAUCGUAGGCGCCGCAAACGCAAAACUGACUUUUAUGAUUGGCGCGCCUGCAGAACUUGUUGAUCGCGCAACUGAAGUGCUGAUGUUGAUGGGCAAGCGAGUCAUUCAUUUGGGUCCUCAGACAUCAGGCCUCAAAGGAAAGUUAGCGAACAACUACCUGCUUGCUCUCAACAACAUCGCCACAGCCGAAGCAAUGAACAUGGGCGUGCAAUGGGGAUUGGACCCCUCAGCAUUGGCAGAUAUGAUCAACACCAGCACAGGCAAAUGCUGGCCCUCCGAAGUUAACAACCCCGUUCCUGGAGUUCUUCCCGAUGCUCCCGCAAGCAAAGGAUAUGCAGGUGGAUUUGGCACGGCGCUGAUGAAUAAAGAUUUGAAGUUGGCUAUGCAUGCUGCGCAGCAGUUUGGCAUUGAGCCGAGGUUGGGUCCGAUGGCUGCUUCGAUCUAUGCGGCGAUAGAGGGGAAUGAAAGGUACAAGGGCAAAGACUUUUCGGUGGUUUACAAGUACUUGCGUGGAGAGUAG